AUGGGUUAUGGAGUGCGGUUUUACGAGGGCGAGGCUGAGGACAACAAUGAAGCUUCUCAAUCCGGCGACAAUCGAGGAAAGGCCGGAGGGUCUGGAGUGUCAUAUCAGGAGUAUCUGCAGGUAUGGUCAAUGUAAAAAUAUUUUUCUAAUUUUUUUUUGAUUUUUAAAGUAAGUUCUUGCAAUUUUUUGUUUUGUAAAGAAAGUUCUUGCCAUUUUUUGUUUUGUAAAGAAAGUUUUUGCCAUUUAUUGUUCUGUAAAGAAAGUUCUUGCAAUUUUUUGUUUUGUAAAGAAAGUUUUUGCUAUUUAUUGUUCUGUAAAGAAAGUUCUUGCAAUUUCUAGCUAGACAAAGUUUUGGACGCACAACAGCUUCGUUCCGAAACUCACGGUCGCUUCACCGUGCCCGACGAACACCUCUUCAUCAUCACUCACCAGACAUACGAACUCUGGUUCAAGCAAAUCAUCUACGACAUCGACCAUGUCCGCAACCUACUGGAUCAUAAGUACGUGGACGAGACCAAAACCCUACAGAUCGUGUCGCUUCUGGAGCGCACCGUGCGCAUCCUGAAGCUUCUCGUGGAUCAGAUGCUGAUUCUGGAGACCAUGUCACCGUUGGAUUUUGUGGAAUUCAGAAGUUAUCUCACAUCGUCCUCCGGCUUCCAGAGUCUUCAGUUCCGGCUGCUGGAGAACAAGCUGGGGAUCGAGAGUCACAAUCGGGUCAAGUAUAACGCUCAGAAUUAUCGACAGGUAUUUGAGGGAGCGAAGGAUAUCAACAGGUUGGAGAGCUCGGAGGAGGGCCCUUCUUUGUUCAGAUUGAUUGACGUGAGAGCGAAAUUUAAAAAUUUUUUUUAUGAGCCUGCCGUUGCCCUUGCCCGUCCCCUCUAUCCUACCUUGUUUUACUUUGCCUUGUGUUACCCUUCCCUACCGUACUCGACCAUGCCUCACAAUAUCUUACCGUAACCUACUGUGCGCCACUACAAGCUACCGUAACCUACCCUACAAAUCCCAUUUUCAGCGUUGGCUAGCCAGAACGCCGGGAAUUUUCGAAGAAGAACCAAACGAAAAUAUCGACCAGUCGAAGAACGACAACAGUGACUCGGACAGUCAGCCCAUUGUGCAGGCUCGCAACAACUUCUGGAAUCGCUAUUUGGAUGCGGUAAAUCACUAUCUGAGUGAUUUGCAUAAAGAAACGUUGACGGCCGAGACCGAAGACGAGAAGGAGCAGGCGUUGGCCGAGUAUAACAAGACCAAACGUUCGUUUGACACUAUCACUGAUAACAAGAUUUAUCAAAUCUUCUUGGACAAAAGUGGGUUGGAGCUUAGCUGUCAAAAUUAUUUUAUUUUUUUUAUUUUUUAAGCUGUUCAAUAAAUUCUGUGCUCGCUCUUUUCUUUCAAAGCGAUUUUCCGUGUUAUGGGGGGGGGGGGCACAGAAUUUAUUGAACAACAUAAAACGGUGGAACAAAUGAUCAAUGUGCCAACAAAGUAACAAUACUAUUAGAUUGUAUAAUAAAGAUUGAGCCACUAAACUUCAGAAUUUCAGAAGAGCGUCGUCUGAGUCACGAUGCGCUGAAAGGAGCUUUAAUGAUCUACUUCUACCGUGAUAUGCCCAGAUUUUCACAGCCAUACCAGAUAUUGACCUAUCUUAUGGACAUUGACUCAUUGCUUCAGAAAUGGCGUUGUAAGUGCUUUACCGUACCGUACCGUACUGUACCGUACCCAACUCUUCCUAUUCUACCCUAGCCUACCGUAUCCUACCCUACCCUACCCUACCCUACCCUACCCUACCCUACCCUACUCUACCCUACCGUACCUUACCGUACCUUAACGUAUCCUAUCGUACCCCUAUACCGUACCCUACCUAACCUCGUCUAUCCUACCCUACCCUAUCAUGCACAACCUUACCUUGUCUUGCCACGUCCUGCUCUGGCGUGCCAUACCCGUACCUUCCCGUGAUUUGUCAUGUUCUGCCAUGCCUUACCCCUCCAGUAGGGCACGGCAGAACACUCUAAGCAACCCGAAGUUAUCUUUUCUUAUCUGGCAUUACUCUACAAUACCUUAUCUCACCCUAGUUUACCGCGUUAUACUCUACUAUCUGCAGUACUCUACUUUACCCUACCUAUCCUUAUAUAGUAUUACCCUACCCCGCCUUAUCCUGCUGUACUGUGCCAUACCAUAUGUUACCUUAUUCUUCGUUACAUUUCCCACUUUUAGACAACCACGUGAUGCUAGUACAACGUAUGUUGGGUGCAAAACAAGGUACCGGAGGCAGUUCUGGCUACCUGUACUUGAGAUCUACAGUAUCCGACCGUUACAAGGUAUUCCUCGACUUCUUCAACCUCUCGACCUGGUUGAUUCCUCGAGCUUACAUACCUAAACUGUCACCGAAUAUGGUCAAAACAUUGUCCGAACACUCAAACCUAAACCAGUACAACUACUCGUCUAGAUGA